AUGGAUGUCACCAACGGCAUGAGACCGAUAUUCGGUGGUUACCCGUUUCAAGGGCAAGGACGCAUGAAUCAGCUUGGUGGUGUCUUCAUCAACGGACGACCACUUCCAAAUCAUAUUCGACUGAAAAUAGUGGAAAUGGCAGCCGCGGGGGUUCGCCCUUGCAUUAUCUCGCGGCAGCUUCGCGUGUCUCACGGUUGCGUUUCGAAAAUACUGAAUCGUUAUCAAGAGACCGGCUCGAUCAGACCUGGUGUCAUCGGUGGAAGCAAACCGAGAGUAGCCACCCCUGAAAUCGAAGCAAGAAUCGAAGACAUGAAGAGGGAUAAUCCUGGAAUUUUCUCAUGGGAGAUUCGAGAGAAGCUUGUAAAGGAAGGUUUCUCGGAUCCUCCAAGUGUCAGUUCUAUCAGUAGACUGCUUCGUGGUGGGCGACCUGGUGACGAUGGGAAGAAGGAUUACACCAUAGACGGUAUACUCGGCGGUGGUCGCUGUGGGGACGAAUCGGACACGGAAAGCGAACCAGGCAUUCCGUUGAAGCGAAAGCAGCGUAGAAGCCGAACUACGUUCACCGGAGAACAGCUAGAGCAACUGGAGACUGCGUUCCAAAGGGCACAAUAUCCAGACGUUUACGCCAGGGAAGAAUUAGCCCAAAGGACUGGUCUCACGGAAGCUAGAAUACAAGUAUGGUUCAGCAAUCGUAGAGCGCGGCUGCGAAAACACGCUGGCAGCAUAGCUCAUUCGGUAGCCAGUUUACCCUUGACUCCCUGUCAGUAUGCAGCCAGUCAUGAGUUGGGACAACUACCGCAACUACCUCAAAUGUCAGCUGGAAUACCACAGGUACCAACCGCGUUGCACCACAGUCCGACAACAUUACAGCAGCAAAACGUUGGUGUUCACCAGGUCCCAGGGACGAAUUCACAAAUACACAACAGCGCUUCCGUUACCCAAGUGCCGACUACGAUUAGCAGCGUCCUUCCAGGUCACACAGUAUCCAUCUCUGGACACCUUAGUUCGUUGCAAGGACACGCGAUGCAAAUCGGACAGGUUCCCACGACUCAACCACCCGCUGCUCAUGGAGCACCCACAACACUUUCUCACAAUGCAGGAAACCCUGAUUGGUGUAGAGCGCAAUUCGGUUGGGGACAGUUCAGUCACUUUCAAGGUGAAUAUCCAUCGAGUCAUCAACAUGCGGCACACACGGGACAUACUGGCACACCACCUUCCGGUAGCGUGAAUGCUGCAUCGGCAGCGGAGUGGUACGACCAGGGUUACGAUUAUUCUCAACACACUCAACUCAAUUAUCAUCGAAGCGCGGGUGGAAUAUUUUGA